AACAUUCCAGCGAAUGCUGUUCUACGAUAGUUGGAUGUCUUGACCCUUGUUGCAAGAAGUCGCGCUCUUGUUCACACAUAAUUAGAAAAUGUGUCGCAACGGAUGGGUGAAGCUUCUUUAUUGUCUGCUUUUGGCAGCUAUUAUUAAGGAUAGCCUUGCCGUGGACGUCGCUACCAAUGCUCCACAGCCUGGGGAAAUCGCCAACUUGCGUGCGACUUUGGAGAGGAUGGCUGUGAACAACGAAAUCCUAACAACAAUUGUCUCUGGAGAAGUUGACAAAGAAAUCCUUCGAGUGUUUUACCAGUCUAUCCUUCGGACAAACAUCGCAAACUACGUUCCUAUCUGCUUAGAUGGUCGCGUUGAGGUUAUCCUACGCGAGCUUCACUUUCCGCCUUGUGUCCGUAUAACACCUUUCAUGCCCGUUAAAGCAACACCGUAUGGUUCCGCUAUACGUUUCCCCGUGGUUAACGUGCACACCGGCCAAUGGAAGCCUUCCUUGGGGAGCACAUGUGGAACCAGCCGAUGCACAUCCAGAUUAAUGAUGUCAACUGCGGAUUUACGUACAUACGGCCUACUCCUGAGGCCCUGGCGUUCAUGACACGGUUUUUAUCACUGCUAAUAAGUGAUGCUGCAUGGGAUCAGAAAAUAUUUGCGGAGCUGUUGCUGCAACCGGGUUACCGUGAGCACACCCCAAUGAGGACAGCUGUCCGUGUGCUUGAUGUCGAGAUGUUUGUGAACUCACACGUCUACAUGAAAAUGCUGAACCAGCGGAUGGACGACCAUGUACCCGUAGUGGUUCAUGCAAACUACCACAAGUCGUACGUCAAGCUCAAGUUCCUACAGAAAGUCGUUGCCAGAUACACAGAUCCACAGAAGCCUGUUGUCGGCAGCUUACUUGAACGGCUACGUCGCAUGUUUCGUCUCUUUUAAGUAUUACCAGCAGGGGGGGGUAGGAAGCGCGAGGACAGACCCCAUGUUUCAAAGUUAAAGAGCUUAUUGAGAGCAUUCCAAAUCUGCUUUCAGAAUUUUCUUUGGAGUUGUACGGAAAAAGUUAUCUGCGCCCAAAGGUGACUGUACGGCAGGGUGGGUGGGUGGGGUCUGGGGGUCCAGUGGAUUUUUUCCGAGGGCUUCCUAACUUUUUCCUGGCGUUGCCAAACUCACUAUGAAGUAUAUUUAUACGAUAAACAUACUGUAAGCAGUCUAUAAACGCAUUUUUGCCUCUUCCUGAUAUUUUUUGGGCACGGCACGAUGACAUUACCACGCAUGGGUGGUCAGAGAGAUACCAAAACACGUAUGGGUCGGUGGGGGGCAGGCAGGUGCGGGUCCGGGUGCCUCCAGUUAGGGGGGAAUCACCCGCAGGUGGUCUGCCCAGCCAAGGGGGCCGGGAAGUUAACCAUGUGACACGGCUCCCCUAUGUGCUGCAUCUCUGGGGUGGGAUUUAGGGGAGUAGAACGGGGCAGGUCUCUCGGCAGCAGCUGCGUCACCUUUGCCAGCCGCUGCACGUUGUCUGAGCCCUGCUAAUCCUUGUUGGUAAUUGCUGGUCUUGACGGAGUAGUGCGUGUGUAUGAGGCUAGCGUACAACGGUGCACCCGUUGCUGUCUAUACGGUUGGAUGGCGUGACCAUGGCAUGACGCGACCGUGGCAUGACUUAGUAGGUGCAAAAGCUCAACAAGUUGUAUAUACAGAAAGAGGACACUGAAAGGAAUCCAUUGGUCUUUUUUGCGUCUUUUUUGGCGUACGGCUAUAUGAGAAAAUAGCGUUCAAAGUUCUGUAGGGUGGGUGGGUGGGUCCGGGAGGGGUCGCCACCAAAAUUUCAUCAUGGUGUCACGCCCUAGCAUGUGUCACGGACAUAAAACGUGCAGAACGGUUGAAAACGGUUUAAAUGUGGUUGUAUGAUGAUUAUGGGUCCGUUUGGAAGAGCAGUUCGGUGCUGUUAUGAUUUUAAUGGUGUUAGCCGCAAGGCAGUUAGAUCGCUCGCUCGUUCGCGGCAUGGCUGUUUUGCCUAGCAUUAACCGUUGUUUUGAUAACGAGUUGUUGAUGGAGAGGGACAUCUGGGUAGCAGUUAGGACAAUGGAGCUUCAGCCGCGCUUCCAUGCGCGGGCGCUCGUCCAGGCCUGGCGCGCGGCCUGGCGGUUGGCGCCAUGGUACCGCAGGACAUCGGGGCUUCUGGAGAGUGGGCCCAAUGUACGAUUGCGGCUGAUUGUUUUGCAUAUAAGGAGCCAAGACGGCACACUUGAGUUGUCGUUUGGCUGGGCAAAAUGGGGUUGGACAGACAAUGCUGACCAACACACUGUUGACUUGGUUGCGCUGUGGACGGCGUAGGCUUGCACUCGAGGACCCGGCGAUGCACGUGAC